AUGAGCUACGAAGAAAUCGAUAAGGAUGCCUAUGGUACAGAUGUAUUUACGAAUGGUGCUGAAGGCCGUUAUUCUAAACCGAAAUCUGUAGCAAGCAAUGACACAACAGAAAAGAAACGAGCACCUAAAGCUCCUACGUCAACUACAGAUGAACAACCAUAUGAAAACGGACACAGUGAUGGAGUAGUUAAAACGAAAAAGAAGAUUCGUAAAGUUGGGGAAAAUAUUGAAAUACAAAAUGAAUAUGAAACUGUUCAAAUCGAUCCAGCUGUUGAUGGUGAAACAGUUGUUAAAACGAAGAAAAAACGCGCACCAAAAGUCCAAGCAGAAAGUGAAAAUUUCGAUCCAAUGCCUGCAACAGCCGAAGAAGAACCUGUGAAAAAGAAAAAAAGCAAAGCACCAAAAGUACCGACAACAGGAGAAGAAGAUUCGCAAUUAGUCGAUGGUGAAGCUACAAACAAUGGUUUAGAUCAACCAGCAACAACAAAAGUUAAGAAAACAAAAAAACCGAAGGCAUCGAAAGGAACAACGGAGUCAUAUGAUGAUGCGUGGACGGACAAUAAAAAUGAAUAUACUACUAAUUCAGGUAUUUAUUUAAAUCUAUAUAAAUUAUAUCUAAGAGUUUUUUUUUCACACAUUAUUGACGUUCCCCACGAAUUCGCCGAGCUAAUUGAAUAUCUUUUGGCAUAA